AUGGCAAGGCUGUGUUUGCCCCAUGCCCACGAUGCCCCUCCUCAGCGCUCCUGGGAUACCUACAUGCGAAAGAGGCAUUUCAUCCUCACCGAGUCACCGGCAAUGGCAUCAACAAUAGAGUCUCCGGCACUCUUAACGGCGCCAAACAUAGACCAGGAUCCAAACAUCAUCUUGAUAAUUGAGGCAGAACCCCGAACACAUGGAGCUGAGGCCUUGGUAUUGACACACAACAGGGCCCGCUACUUUCCUCCUGACGAAUUCUCUCAACCUGGGAGUCGAGAACACACUCCAUCUCCAGAACCGGAAGGGUCUAAGACGUUCUGGACAAAGAAAUACCAUCACCUUUGUUUGACAUUUGACAAACCGCCGAAAAAUGCCGGGCGAGGAUUCUCUUUCGGCAGUGAUAAGGCAGUGUGCGAUGUUUUACUUGCGCCGAAUAGAACCUGUCAUCAUAUAAGCAGAGUCCAUUUUUACAUUACAUUUGAUGAACAGGGACGCCUUAUAUUGAAAGAUGAGUCAACUUAUGGGACGGCUCUCAGCUACGAUGGCUGGGGUGGAGCUCUCAGGCGACGUCGAUUCCAGUGGAUUCUAUUCCCAGAAUUCACGAUCCAAAUCCACCUCCCUAAUUUCGCACUCGACAUUGUGCAAUUAAAAAGCCGUUCUUGCUACCUAGAAUAUCAGAGAAAUCUUACAAAAUUCUUGGACAACAGUCACGACGCCGUUCUCGCCCUCGCGGGAUUAGAUGUGCAAAGCUAUGGAUCUGGAUCAACUGAUCACUUAACAGACCCAUAUUCUCCAGGACAACAACCUAUCUAUUUUCCCCGAGCAGUUCUUGGUCAAGGUGGCUUUGGGAAAGUUUUCUUGGUUUCACACCUGAGCAAUGGAAUGGUAUACGCCGCGAAAGAACUCCUCAAAGGCUCAAGCCUGAGAAAUGAAGCAGCAAUCCUGAGGAAUAUAUCACAUCUUACUCCUUCACAGAAGCAUGUUGUUCAAUAUGUGGACUUCACAGAAGUGCCCACAACUCAACUAAUUAUGGAAUAUCUUCCUCUUGGUAAUCUAGAUGAUCAGCAUAAGAAGAGUCCAAUCACUGAGUCAGAAGCUCGAAAGCUUCUACUCCAAGGACUUGAUGCUCUUCAAUAUCUCCAUUCUCGGAAAAAUCCAAUCACACAUCGGGAUAUAAAACCAGAAAAUAUUCUUGUACUGGGCCGGGGGGCUAACUUCCAUAUCAAACUAAGUGAUUUUGGACCAUCCAAGGACAUCCCUUUGCUGAAGACAAAUUGUGGGACCCCAAGUUACAAACCCCCAGAGAUUUUUAGAGUUUACAAGCAGCGUAAAUCAGAGAAGGAUCCACAGAAGCGUGCAAGCUUACUCUAUGACAACAAAGUUGAUGUAUGGGCUCUGGGGGUGGUUGUUUUACAGUAUAUUGUUGAUCUGACCGACGAGGAAUUACCUUGGUAUGAACAAAUUACUCGUACUGUCAAGGAUAUGCUCCAGCACCGACCUGAUGACCCGUUUAUUGCUCUCUUGAGCAAAAUGUUACGGAUGAACCCAUCGACUAGGCCUUCAUCGGAAAAUUGCUUCCAAGAAGCAACCAGGACCGGCAUGGCCAGCCCAGGGGACCUGAAAGAGGACAAAACCUCCAAUGAUGACAAUACAUCUGACCCAAUAACAGCUGAAGUUUUGAAGCCAGAAUUAGCGUCUCCCAACGUACCAACUCCCAUAGUAUCAGGCACUAAUCGCGUCCCAGGAGCUAAGCGAGAUCCGUCACCCACGGGGCCGAGUGGACAUCGGACCAAACGCCCGCGGAUAAACCAAAUAAGUCUAACAAACCGACCGUACUACUCCAUGGCUAUGGAAAUUCUGAACGAACUACACCUGCGUGGAGCUCUCAUCGAGAUUGAAAGGAACGAUCAAGAAAUUCUAUCAGCAGUUGAAUUAAUAUGUGAGGAAUUUUCUCGGCAAAAGAUCACUAAUAUCGAUAUUACUUAUUCUGUGGAGUCCCAGGGGGUAAUUAUCAAGGCCUGCCGUGCGGAUAGGAGUGGCGAAUUUGUGCUAGGUCAUUUUACUUCUAUGGCUCCAUUUACUUCCCCCAUGGAGCUAGCUUACCAGCUGAUAAUUCAAAACUCGGAGAAGGAAGAAAUCACGAGUCCUGUUGAUAUGAAAACGCGAUCGAAAUGGCCAGCAAGCCACAAGUCUUCGACCCCAAGCAUACGAUAA